UAACUAGCCACAUAUCCAUCGGGGUGUUUGUGAGAUGGCGAGAUGGCCGUUGCGUUGUCGAACCCCUGAGGCGAUCCGUAGGCGACGUUCCUCCGUCAACAGGUGGAGUUGUUGUUACACAUGUCUGCCGUCCCACAGUUUGCGAGACUAAAAUAGUGUGUCUCUAUCAGUUUGCUCGACUGGGCCGGCGCGAGAUGGAAAAGCCUGGUUCCCGGGGUGUUUUACGGGUGGUAGGGUGCUUUAGGCAAAACGCCCAAUCUGACCUACUCUAUCUGCCCGUGUACUUUACAAAGUCCGUUGCCUGGGUGUCAGCGAGCGCAAGCUGGUCGCGAGGAGUGAUGGUAGAACAGUGAUAUCUUGUCGCUGUCGAAGCAGUUGCCGACUGCCUUUCCAUCAGGUUCUCUGCGAUAUGCAGAGUGAAUGGGGUUUUCUCGGCAAUGUGGUCAGCACGUGAGUUCAUGCAGUUGCAAUGUUCGAUGGGGAGUGGAUCCUCCCAUCGUCAUUCGGGCUCCAACGCAUCCCUGUCAUCAAAACAACAUUGACAGUAUUUGCUCGUGCAACAGCCUGGAGUCAGCCAGGUCCCUAACAUUACACCUGCGGGUAGCCGAACGCCCAGGAUGGCCACUCUAACACCGGGCAGAAGGCUUAAUCCCAUGCGUCCUUCACUUAACAACGCUGCCUCCCAACCCAAUCUGAAUCUGGCCUCCAGUACUGCUUUUGCCCGCAAAGCCUCCCUUAACGCUCUGACAGGCGGACAGCCGACCACUCCAAAGAACAGCAUGGGCGCCGAUGGCCGAGACAUCGAGGUUGGCGACCCCGUCGACGUUCCUGGUGGCAUGAAUGGCGUGGUCAAGUUCGUGGGCAGCGUGCGCGGCAAACCCGGUGUUUUCGCAGGCGUUGAACUGAGCAGGGAGUUUGCUACACGAGGGAAAAACGAUGGAGAUGUCGAAGGUACACGCUAUUUCCAGACUUCAGUCCCUGGAGCUGGUAUCUUUCUUCCUGUACACCGGGCUGUCAAGCGAGGCAGCACGCCCCUCUCGUCUUCCAUGAUGAUGCCUCCCACACCUACCACGCCAUCCUACAGUAGUCACAACAACUUCAGCGCCUCUAGCAGAGAGAGACCAAACUUUAGCCCCGACACACCCUCCAUACCCAAGUUCUCCCAAUCGCUUGGCCCCGGAGCUCGCGCCUCCAGCCCCGUCUUCAAACCCCAACGCCCAUCUUUGCAGCGACCGGAAUCGCCCGUUCGCAAGUCAUCAAACCUUGCACCCACACCCUCCAGAAAUGGCGCUCGCACACCCGCUGGCUUGUCCAAAAGUGCCAUUGGCCCCCCGAGGUUCAAUAGCCCUGGACCCAAAUCAUCUGCGUUCCAGAAGCCCAGGACACCAGGCCCACCCGCGCGCCCUUAUUCGCGCAACAAUUCGCGCCUAGGUUCGCAUGCUACGAUCGACGAAGAUUUGGAGCACACACCCACAAAUGCACGCAUCAGCAAUGAUUCCACGGCAAGCUUCAAAAGUCGAAGACCUGGCUCGAACAAUUCCGAGGACGAAAUACAGCGUCUCACAAAAUUGCUCGAGGAGCGAGACAGACAGCUCAAAGGGCAAGCGACAUCGCUAGCGGAGAUGGAAUCCAGCCUGGCAGAAAUCCAAGACUUGCUCCCAGAAGCCGGCGCAGAUUUCGGUCGACCCAAAAGCAACAGCGACGAACCCAACGAUGUUACGCAGCUACGUGCAUUGCUUCGCGAGAAGACCGAUAAGAUUGCGAUGCUCACAGCCGAGUUUGACAAUCAUCGAGCCGACUUUCGUAGCACGAUUGAUACUUUGGAGCUAGCCAGUACAGAAACGGAGCGGGUGUAUGAGAGAAAAGUGGAAGAAUUACAAGAAGAAUUGAGAGAAUUGCAUUCCAGAAACGCUGAUGUUGAAACAGUGGCAGAUCAAUUGAAACAAUUGGAAGAGCUAGUCCACGAGCUUGAGGAAGGGCUCGAGGAUGCGCGAAGAGGAGAAGCAGAAGCCCGUGGGGAAGUGGAAUUUCUACGAGGCGAAGUCGAACGGGGAAGGUCUGAGUUGCGACAGGAACGCGAAAAGGCGGCGGCUGCGUUGAAAGACGCGGGUGCGAUGAUGGACCGACCCUCGACUUCAGGAGCAAAAGAAGUAGAGCAACGAGACGACGAGAUCCGAGGCUUGAAGGCUAUAAUCCAUUCAUUGAGUUCCGGGCCUGCUGAAGAACAUGGACGUUCGCCACUUUCCCGCCAGGGGUCUACUGUCAACGCGGAAGAGCUCCGAAGCGCACAAGCCAACACCGAGCGACUCGAGCGCGAGAAGAAAGAUUUACAGGGGCUCGUCGAGCGAAAGGCCUUCCGAGAAGAAGAGCUAGAACGUGAGAUUGAAAAGCUGAAAACCCAGCUUCACGGUGCUGUACAACGUGAAAGUGUCAUUAGUAAUGGCAUGUCUGAGCAUACUGCUGUUCAAGAGAAGAGGUCAUCGGGCAGGGACUCCAAAGGAACCAUCAAGAGUUGGAGAGAGGCAUCGCAGACCGCUCCACGGGAACCCGUGCCAGCGCUUGCCACGAUGGCGGAGUCUGAUGCUCCUUCUUCUCCAGAUGGCAGCACUCUUUGGUGUGAAAUUUGUGAAACCGGAGGUCACGACAUCCUCAACUGUUCUGCCAUGGGUGCUGAGGCACCUUCGAAAGAUCACAGCGCCGGCAGGAGUGGAAAAGACGUGGUGAUUGAGGGUCUCCGGGGUCUCUCUCUAUCCUCCGAUCGAUCUCGCCCAUCAGCUGUCACUCCGACGAAGUCAGCCGGCAAUGCACCGACCGCACCUCUUCCGCCACCCGCAUUCGACGCCUCACUGGUGCCGCCAAAAGGAACCUCAGUUCCAGAUCCAGAUAAAUGGUGCGCUCUGUGCGAAAGCGAGGGCCAUGAUGUAACACAGUGUCCUUCCGAUGAUCCCUUUUAA